CAAGUCGUCGUCGUCGCAUCAGCCCUGCAUCUGCCGCCGGACACUCGAGCGGAAACUGAAGAGAGUGCUCUCGCAUUUCAGGCUCUGAUGCCCUCUGAUUCGCACCCUUUUUGCGUUGCCUGGCUAGCGAUCACCGAGUUUUCCGGUCACCCAAAUGCAGCGCUCCAUCUGAGCAAUGCCAACACAUCAUCAACCCCAACUCCAGACAGCAUUAGAUUCCUGCAACCCAUGCACGUACAUGGCCCAGCUGUACUUGCCGCUUUUAUGUGAGCGCGUCUGUCCCUCAUUUUAGGCUUAGGCUUGCCUCCUUCGGAUCGUGCAGAUGCCCAACGCUGCUUACACAGUCAAAUCAGCAGCACCCAAUAUCGUUGUGUGCCGUCGAAAAGAUGGAUAGACGCCCCGCCCGCAUCAUAGUACAAACAGCUGAUGAGACUACGCUGCGACUAGGUCUUUAGCUUCCUGUAUGAGCUGGCCAAUGGGCGGUUUGUCUAAGUAAGAACUACAAGGAAUGUUCCAUCGGCUUCGUCCCUAGUGUCCCAAGUUACAUGACUCUGGCUCUGACUGAGAAGUUCCGGACCAUCUCGAGGCCUAGUAUGGACCAAUGACUGGACACUGGCUAUGCUUCUUAUCACGGCAUGAGGGGCUUGAUCCUCAACGGCGGGGGAACAUUGGAGUCAGCCGUACGUACAAUGCCUGUCUCCAUCAACGAAAUGGUGAUAUCCCGUGUCUUGACAGCAGGGAUUGUUUGUCUAUAAAAGCGUGUGUUAGGUGGGUGGCACUCUUAGAUUCCUAUUCUCUAUUCCGUCAAAUCUCCGCCGCUUGCCAUUGACUUGUUCUCUUGGUGAAAUAUCAUUAUCUACUAUCCGUUGGUACCAAUCAAUAUCAUCCAAGACCACAACACUUUUAUUCAGUCGACAGCCAUAUUCAUUACAUCGUAGCAAGUCGUCGUCAUGUCUUCUCAAUACGCCUCACAGUACUACGGCUACCAGCCUUCUCAGCCCAUCAAUAUGCCACAAAAGCAAAGUUAUCAGGCCGUCCCACAAUACCCACACCAGGCCUACAGUCGAAUGCCAGGCUCGCCACCAGAGGUUCCGGAGAGCGUUUCAACAGGGUCCGGUAUUACUUCUUACGAUCCAUCUGCGGCUUCAAGCAGCUACGCCGGAAGUGCAUCGGAAUAUGAAUCCGCGUCUAACGGUGCCUCUUCGGUCGAUUUGAUGGACUACAUGAAUGAGCGCCUAUCGAGUGUUUACAACCCAAUGCCGCUGGAUCGCAGUGUCGCUCAGCAAGCACAAACAUCUGGACAAUUGAACGCCAAACAGCGAAAGCUGAUGGAGUUACAAGCGCUCGCGCAAAGCCGUAUGGCAGCGAUGCAAGCGAAUUUCGCGCAGGGCAUCAAAGACGCAAAGGAAGUACAACGAGACCUGAAAUGGACCCAAGAGCGAGUACAAGCGCUAAAUCAGCGCGCGGCGCGCAAAUACCCCGAGCAAUACGCGGCGGCGCAGGAGCGCUACCCAGCGCCAGUCGAUUAUUAGGCCAUGUCGCAACACACCCCAAAGCAUCCUUCGAUUCUGCACAUGUAUUUUCAUAUCUGUUUUGACGAAUUGUGCUGCUGUGGAUGAGUUGACGUUGAUUUUGUAUGUGACCGGAUUCGCUCCGCACGGUCCACUUUCCUGUAUCAGGCUGUUGUUCCUGCGCUAGGCCACGCCGUCAGUAUCAGUCCUUGCUGCUUUUGCACGGGACGGGCCGUGCGAGUUCUACUGCGGCGACGGCGUGCUGGAUCAUGCACGAGGGGACGGGCCAGUAGCGGCUUUGCAGAUAGGUGCAAUAGGGUGGGUACGGCAUUCUCAGAAUAGGCGCCCGUGGCAGGUCUACGCGACUGUGUUGUCUCAUCAAGUCGCCGAUCGUAUGCUUUAACGGUCCGCGAACAUCGCAUGAUUCAGCGCGAUGCGCUAGCUGCAUCAAUCUUACGCUCGUGGGACUACUGGUGGAGCCUUGGGGAGCAGCCUUAUUCGCUGGCGUGCCAUCUUGGGCGGUUCCUUUGUCAUGAACGACACGAUGUUACGGCCGACCUUUUCAUAGAUACCCGUAAUUUACGUGUGAUUUGAGAUGCAUAGUUGUGCCCACCAAGCAAUCUUACUG